GCUAAGUGAAAUAAGCUAUAAAUACUCAUCCUCCAAUAUCAUACUAUUGUGUUUCAUCUUGUCUUCCAUUCUUCUCUUCAAGAAACCGCAAGGAGAACCUGUAGUCUGUGAAGGAUGGGAGGCGGAAAAAAUAAACAUCUAGGUCAAUAUGGUUAUCCAGGGCAAUAUCCUCCACAACCUGGAGCUUACCCUCCACAAGCAUAUCCUCCUCAAGCAUAUCCAGGAGUUAAUCCUCCGCAAGUGUAUCCACCUCCUCAAGGAUAUCCACCUGCCGGUUAUCCCCCCGCCGCACCAGGAUAUCCUCCGGCUGGUGGCUAUCCUCCACAAGGGUAUCCGCCUGCCGGUGGAUAUCCUCCACAAGGGUAUCCUCCUGCAGGUUACCCUCCACACCAUGCAGGGCAUGGAGGCAUGGGAUUAGUAGCUGGAACCAUGGCUGCGGCGGCGGCUGCCUACGGUGCAGCACAUGGUGCAGCAAGUCAUGGACGGGGCGGCGGCUAUUAUGGUCAUGGAAAAUUCAAGCAUGGCAAGUUUAAGGGUGGCAAGAAAUUUGGCAAGAAAUUCAAGAAGUGGAAAUGAGCACUUCAGUUUCUGUGUAUAUCAUCCUUAUUUUGCAAUUCACAGUAGAUAAAUUCUUGUGUACUGUUUUUUCCAAUAAUGAAUAGUACAGGUCUUAUAAAUUAUGGUCUAUUGACUCAUUUUUCCUUGAAAUAUUACGACGUUAAAGUGCUUCAAAAUGAGUUUGAAUAAGAUGGCCCAAGUGGCCAAUACACUUACUAAA